GGCGGGGCGGAGAAAAUGGCGAUGCCCCCGGCCGCCGCGCCCCCCGCAGGAGCCAGGGAGCCGCCGGGGCCCCGCGCCACCGCCGCCGCCGCCACCGCGCCGCCGCUCGGCCUGCAGCAGCUGUCGGCACUGCGGCCCGAGCCGGGCGGGGUCCCGCUGCACUCGCCCUGGACCUUCUGGCUCGACAGAUCCCUCCCUGGUGCCACAGCAGCUGAGUGCGCGUCAAAUCUGAAGAAAAUCUACACAGUGCACACAGUACAGAUAUUCUGGAGUGUGUACAAUAAUAUUCCUCCUGUGACUAGCCUGCCUUUGAGAUGUAGUUAUCAUUUAAUGAGAGGAGAGAGGCGACCGCUUUGGGAAGAGGAGAGUAAUGCAAAGGGUGGCGUAUGGAAGAUGAAAGUUCCCAAGGACAGCACGUCCACAGUUUGGAAAGAGUUGUUGUUAGCGACUAUCGGGGAGCAGUUCACAGACUGUGCAGCUGCAGAUGACGAAGUCAUAGGAGUCAGUGUCAGUGUUCGAGACCGAGAAGAUGUCGUCCAAGUCUGGAAUGUAAAUGCCUCUUUAGUGGGUGAAGCGACCGUUUUAGAAAAGAUCUAUGAACUUCUGCCCCACAUAUCUUUUAAAGCAGUAUUUUAUAAACAUGACUUGCUGAAACCAUCUCAUUCUUCUGGAAGGAAGUAUGCUCUUCCUUAUCUACACUGAAGACUUGCUUGACUGCCCAGAGGCUGAGGUGCAGUUGCUAUAGUUUGACCAAUUCAUGGAUAGUGCCACACAAAUGUAAGCUUUUUCUGCCAUCUCCAUUUGGACUUUCUAGAACAUGUUGUGUCUUAUAUCUACUCCUGAUGAUAAAAUGGAAGAAGAGUUGUUCACGGCCUCUGAAUAUGUUUAAAACCUUUUUUAUUGUAUUAAUUAUUUCCUAAGUGCUAAAUAGCUGUGAAACUUGGCUAAAUAAAAAUAACCUAUAUGGCUGAAAGUCAACAGAUUAGUAACAGGUUAUGACAUACACCAAGCCGUGGGAGCAGGAAAAGUCAGGGUUAAAUUUUCUGCUAAUAGUGGCUAUCAGCAGCGUCUGAUAGAGCCAUGGUAACUUAAAACUAGUUAAAAAUGGGACAUAUUACUGAAAUAUGGUUUUAUAUCAAAUAUAUGGUUCAUUCAAAAACCCCAUGGCAAGUGAACUUAUUCUGUCUAGUGGAAAAGAUUUCUGCCUCUCAGUUUUGCAAUAGAAUAUGUUAGAAAAUACUGUUGGUGCAUCAGCAGAGAUAUGCUGGUUUUUUCACUGGUUCUCAUUAGAAAUGCAAGUCCCUUGUGUUUUGUCAACACUGAGAUGCAGGAAUUUAAGCAUUUAUUUUCAUCCUUAAGUCUCUUCAUGAUGCAAUAGCAAUGAAAAUGCUUUUUUUCUAUUAUCACUGAAGACAGGUGGUGGCCCAUGUACCCCAAGGAAAUAUCAUAGCACCAGGUUAGGAGAGCAUUUUGUGGAAUCCAUCUUUAAUAUAUUUUUGCACUCUCAAGAGAGAAUAUGGAGAAAUACUGGUCUCUUCCUCCUCUGAACUCCUAAGUUCCAAACCCAAUGAUGAAAUUUAGGGGAGGAGGUAAAUUAAUCUUUCCCCACAGAAUUGGAGUUGGAUAACCAGCCUUUUAAAAUGAAUAGGUUAUCUUUUUUUAAAAGUAGGCAAAUGUAUCCUAGCUUUCAAAAUUCAAAUUCCAACUCAAGUAAUUGGAAAUACUCACAUGCCUUCCAGAAACCAUUUGGUUUCUUGAAAUAUUAUUAAUGCCAAAUUCAGAUACUUUAGCAUCCACCAACACAGCCACUGUGAAUUGAGAAGGUAUGAUGACGGAGAGAAAACACUGGUGUGGUUUCACUUCCCAGUGAGACAGUGACACUGAGCUAUAUGAACACUUGCCCAUCUGUAUGUCCCUCUCUACUUUGAGUUGUGCAGCCUCGACUUAUGCUGAAGGGGUCAUUUCAGUUCAACCUCAAGGCUGUAGCCAUGGCACUAGUGCAUUACCAACCUAUGGUUAAUUAUACAGUUAUGGGAGCAAGUGUCAAGAGAAUGUAAUAAACAGUUGAGGCUUUUGAAAUCUCCCCAUACCAACUUUUUAUCCCCAAAUUUCUGCACGUGUGGCUGCGUAGCUGGAGAAGACGAUUCCAACGUUAUUACCCAAAGAUAAAUUCCAAUAUCUCCCACACCCCAAUUAUGUAUUCCACAUGUUGACAUGCCAAAGAGUUGCUGUACACUUAUGAGCAGCUUCUAAACACCUGCAUGUAACAGAUUAUCAAGAUCUGGCACUUGAAGUUUAUUCUGUGUAGAAAACAUUUGUCGGCUGAAGAUAAAUCGCUGUCUGAAUCUCAUUUGGGUAGCCAUCAUUUUACCCCCUUGCAUAACCACAGUUUUCUUCAAACAUCACCAAGGUAAUUUGAAUAGAGGUUGGUGAUUUUGAAACACACUUCAAAUGUCUGGUUUUAGGUGAAACCUCUGCUCCUGCCUCUCCAUCUCAUUGAUCCUCGCUGUGACACUCCACAUCUGGUUGUGUCACUCCCGUUCUGUUUAUGUAACAUAGCCUGGUGUCAAGUGGUACUGGAUUUGGCACAAUCAUCAGCCAAAGAGCUCACAAAUCAAACAGUAUUUCUGAAAACUGCGAUAGAAGUGCCAGUAUAUUUUAAAAUUUGUUCAGAUUUUUUUUUUUUUAAGAAAUAGAGCUAUUUAUUUUAAAGGCUUGUACUUCUAAAAGUUCUUGUUCAAAGAAUUGCUGUUUCCAAAACGAGAGGGUAAAGAGUUUAGUUACUCAAUUGAACAAAUAUUUAUUGAAUGGUUCCUAUAUGCCAGGCACUGUGUCUGGCACCAUAUUUAUUUUCUGGGCUGCACAGGAGUGAGAGACAGUGUGUCAAAUAUUCAGUUCAAUAAAUGGAAAUGGUGUGCCGACUGUUCCAUGUGCUGACGAUGCCAAAUUUAUGUCUCUAGUUCUCAUCUGUCCCUUCAACCCCAGAAUCAGUGCGUCAAACUGCCUUUCAGUAUCUCCACCUGAAUAUCCAGUAGGCAUUGUAAGCGCGCACGUCCACAGAGACAGAAGGUAGAAUAGAGAUGACCGGGGUCUGGGAGAGGGGAGACAGGAAUUAAUGUUUAACGGGUACAAAGUUUCUCUUUGGGAUGAUGGAAAAGUUUGGGAAAUGGAUAGUGGUGCUGGUAGCAUAAUGUUCUGAACAGACUUCAUUCAUGCCCCUGAACUGUACAUUUCAAAAUGGUUAUAUGUAAACUUUAUGUAUAUUUUAUGUACAUAUUAUGUGUAUUUUACCACAAUAAAAAAACAAGUACACAUCCAAAAGUAAACUCUUCAUUUCCACUCCCCAAACCUGUUCCUCCUGCCAUCCUUCUUAUCUCAGUAAAUGACACCUCCACUCACCGUUAGGCUCAUGUUAAAAACCUCAUGACACCAUCCUGGGUUCUUUUCUUUUUCUCACAUCCAAUGUCCAGGCCAUCCAUAAGCCUCGGUGGCUCUGCCAUCAAAACACAUCCUGAAUCCCACCACUUCUCAUCACUUCCAUCUUGGCCUCUUGGUCCAAGUCGUCUCUUGCCUGGACCACAGGAGCCUGCUGACUGGUCUGUCUGCCUCCACUCUGGCCCUUCUUUAGUUCCUUCUCCACAUAGUACUAGAGUGAUCCUUUUAGCAUAUACAUUUGAUCAUGUUAUUCUUCCUCCCCACAUGUACCCAUGCUUUUCCAUCACAGGAAAAUCAAACCCAAAGUCCUUCUGGACCUGCAAGGCCCCAGAUGAUCUGGCCUCUUCCUACCUUGCUGAAUGCAUCUCCUGCCAUUGUUCCCCUCACUUACUUUGUUCAAGCCACGCAGGCCUCCUUGGUGUUCCUGGAACACACCAAGCACCUGCCUACGGCACGGCCUCUAACUAGCUAUCGCCUCUGCCUAGGACACUCUUCCCCUGCUAGCAUCCAUAUCCGCUCAAAUGUCACCUCCUCAGAGAGCUUCCCAGCCAUCUGUCUAAAAUAGCAUCACCUCCUGCAUCAUUCUCUUUCCCUCUGCCCUGCUUUGUUUAUUUAUUGUCUGUUUCUCCUCCACUAGGACAGAAGUUCCAUGAGGACAGGAUUUGUUUUGUUUUGUUUUGUUUACUGACUUACCACCAGUAACCUGGAACUUUGUGGGCUUUCAAUAAAUAAUAUACAAUAUGCAAGGCACAUCACUAUUUUUUGCUAAAUAUCAUUCAUGGUACAUUAGUUGAGCUUAUCACAGAGAAUUGAGUUAUCUAAUAAGCUGCCAUUUGGGAAUGAAUUGGGUUUUUCUCCUUUCUUAUGUUAAAAUAUUUAACUUAUGGCCAAAAGAAUUUUAGGGCAGGAAGUUAAAAAAAGGUAAAAUUUAAAAAUCAACAAAUCUUAGGCAACUUAAGAUUUGGGAAAACAUGGGAGCAAUUCAGUGGAGGUAAAUUUAAUUCCAAAACACAUGGUUGAGUCAAUCGUGUUACUCCAGGCUCUUUUGAUUAGAAGACUCAGAGACCCAACUCACUUGCUUAAGAACAAAAGGGAGCUUCUGUCUUACUAUGUAACUACAAAAUCCAAGGCAUAGACUUCAGGUAAGGCUGCGUUCAGGUGCUUGCACGAUGCGGUGAGCUUUCAUCCUCUUCUCCAUUUCUCAGUCGCCCUGUCACCUCUGCUGUUGGCUUUAUUCUCAGGCAGCUCUAGGAUUCUCUCUUCUUUAUAGCUGGGAACUGCAAGGGAAGGAGAGCAGCUUUAUAUCAUUACUCUAGCAAAAGCCCCAGGACUGAGUCACAUGAGACCUUGGGGUGGCCAACCAUGAAACAAAUGUAGCCAGGGGGAUAGAAGGCAUUUGUUUGGCAGACCUGAGUCACAUGCCCAUUUUGCACCUAAAGAGAGAGGAGAAAUUAAGGUCAGCCCCACUCAGCCACAUGGACCAAGCACCAAGAAGGGCUUAUUCAAAGGGAAAUCAAAAGGAGGUGAAACGGAUGCUGUAAGGGCAGAAACAUCUGCUGUUCGCUAGAUCAAGAGAAGAAACAGAUUCCACUGGGCUAUGUGAUGUCAUGCACUGCUCUUUGACUUAAAUAUUUUCAAUUGAUCUUAACAAGUUGUAGUGGGUUUAAGCUGGUUGUGAAUGGAUUCACAUGGGCUGUAGAAUGCGCAAGUGCUGUCCUUAGGACGGAAGAGAUUGCGUGUGCGUGUUAGACCAUGAUGGCGGGAGAUCGGAGGGACUUGGAGCAUGGAAGCUAGGGGGAUUGGGAAGAUGCAGCUAAUUCCUAGAACUUUCAUUGACUCAGAUGAGGUUUCUCCUUAAACGAGACAAAUUGUCUUUAAUUGAAAAAGUCAUUGGAGACUGUGCAGUACAAUGGUGAGAGCAACUGCAUUGGCCUCAUGAAGACAGGAUUUUCAGUCCUGACUAUGCCACUCGCUUUAUUUAUGUUUUUGGACAAGUUCUUUAACCUCCUCAAGCCUCAGUUUCCUCAUCUGCAAAGUGGGCAUGAUACUGUCUACAUCAGUGUAUUGUGAUUGUUGAAAAGAAAACUCAAGGAAAAGAGCUAUGAUAGCUCAGACUCGUAGAGCACUCAGUGAGUGAUGUCUGUUGAAUAAAUGAAUGCUCCAUGCCAGUGACCAUGCCUAACUUUAGGUCCCAGGCUUCCAGUGCUGCCCUGUGCCCCCAUAGUUAAAUUUUCUGGGUCUAGCCAUGUCAUGAAUGGUAGAAACAUGCCAGUUAGAAUGAAGGGUGACUUGGUUGCAGGCAAUAGGAACCAACUCUGGCCCACUUAAGCAAAAAGGGAAUGUAUUUGUGGGAUAUGGGGUGUCUCAGAAAACUGAAGGAAAGGCUGGACAUCUGGGCCUGGAAAGUCCAGGAACUGGGGUCAGGUCCAGGAGAGAGGUGGCAGCCCCCCUGGGGCACCAUGGUCAGGAUGAAUCGGCUCCAGAAAGCUUCUAUCCAUGUGUUAUCCCGCCCAGGAGAGCACCUGAUUGGUCUAGGGAAAAUACACAACCCAGGCUUGACCAGUCAGAACACUUCCUAACCACACAGCUGCUGUAGAAAACAUCACACCGAUAUAUUACACGUUGUAUGCUAUGGUCAUUGGUUUGUCCUUAAAAUAUUUAUUAAGUCCCUAAAUUGUGCCCUUUGCUAGAGUUUGAGAUGAGAGAGACCAGUGCCUGCCCUUGUGUAGCUCACAGCCCAACAAUGACUGAACUGGGUAGGAACUUUUGGUCCUAGAGUAUAAGUUAGGACCUUUGUCCCACCAAGACAAGGUGUGGAGGGAAAAGUGGUUCUUCCAAGGAAAACUGAGGCACUAUUAGCAGAAGAGGAGGAUGGCUGCUGGCAGGAAAAAGCAACCGCCUGUUCCCCUGCACCUAAUUAGUACGUUACUCCAUCUUUUCGAGCGUUGGUUUCCUCAUCUGUAAAAUGGGGAUAAUGAUGAUACCCACCUCACAGGGUUAUUGUGAAGAUUAAAUGGGUUAACACAUGUGAGAUGCUGAGAGUAGGGCCGAGAACAUAAAAUGCGCUCUACAAAUGUUAGCUGUCAUCAUCAUCGUCACUAUGCCAAGCCCCUGCUCUUCUAUUCUUUCUUGCAUGUUGUUUUCAUAAUGGAGCCCUGAGAAGUGGCAAACUCCUGGCCGUGCCCCAACCCCCCAGGCAAUACGACUUUUUGAGCGGUAAUAAAAAAUAAAAAAGAAGAGGGAGAAAUUUGGCAACUUCUCCUUCUGCAAUCGCACAGCCAGGGCCUUCUCAGGUUUCCCCUUUGACUGGGGAUCUGCAGCCUGUAAGUGUUAAUUUAAAGUGAACUCUCUAAAUGGCUCUUGUGCGGGAGCCUCAGGCUGUACAGACAGAGCCCUUCUCUGCAGAAGGUUCUAGGCCGGUGGCUUCGAUGCACCCCUAACCCUGCACAUACUCAUAACCCACAACUGACUGAAAGUGAUUGAAAUGCAAGUUUUUGUUGAGCUGAAAUGCUAAAUUCAGGAUUGGGAGCAUAUGGAUCGCUCCAUAUUUGUUUUCUGCAUAUCUGAUGUUAGCAAUUUAGAACAUCACUGGGACGCUCCCGAGAGAAUUUCAGUUCUGUAAAUGAAACAAUUAUUUUGGCAGUUUGGGAAAGAUAUAUUCAUAACUUUCAUGGUAUUUAAAGGGGAAAUACACCUUCCCCAAGUCCCUUUUUCCCUUGCCAGAUAUGAAGAAUGAAAUUCGAGCGUCGAGGGAUUAGAUGGCAUAAAGAGGAAAAUUGACAGUCAGUGAGUUGCAUUCACAAUUGGAUUUCUAGGAUUGACAGUGAGACAGGAAGUAGAAGGGUUUCUCCAAAUCUGGGCACAGAGAAGCUGUGGAGAACAACAUGCCUGGGGCAUUAUGUUCAUUCAUUCACUCAUCUAACAAGCAUCUUUGAUGUGCUCUUGCUAAGGUCUGAGAGGAAAAGGACCAGUGCUUGCCAAUCAGUGACUGUUUACAGUCUAAAUUCCUGCAUCGUAGGAUUCUUUGGUUGCAAGUAACAGAAAAGCAACUUACAACAAGGUUAAGUGAAAAAGAGGAAAUGAUUAUAGUGAUGAAGGGGUGUCUUGUGGAACCCAAGUGAGGGAUAUCCUAGAGGGUGAAUAGGUCCUGGACCCAGAGAGUAAAUGCUGCAAGACUCAGGCCGUCUGCUCUGUGUCUCUCCUCUUGCAUACUUGCUCCAUUCUUCUGUGCCGCCUGCUUUUCCCUUUUCCUCAGUCCACACAGCAGAAAAUGGCCAUCUUGCACUUUCUGAGUUUUUAGAUCUCUCCACCUUUGAGAGAGCAUCCCAGAGGGAAGAGAAUCUCUUUGUCUCAAACGUAAAGGUCUGGGAGGGAAGCUGAUUGGUUGAGGUGGGUCAGGUGUUUACUCCAGGUACAAUCAGCCAUGGGCAGGGGUGGAGUUAUAUACAACCUGUCGCUCAAAGUGUGGUGCCUGGAGCAGCAACAUCAGUAUCUCCUGAGAGCUUGUUAGAAAGGUGAACGCUUGGGCCAUCCCAGACCUACUGAGUCAGAAUCUCCAGGUUUGCAAGAUCCCCAGGUCAAUCUGAGGGUUAGGAAGCUCUGCUGUAGAACCUACGGGGCUGCCUGGCUGUCACUCUGUAAAGGAGGUGGGCAGAUAAGAGGCUUGCUGUGAGCUGAGCUGACAGCCCAGCACGUUUCUGGACAACAGCAUACAAAUCUUCAGCUCCAGAGGCUACUUCCUGAGAGAAACAUUAACUCUGAAGAAUAUCUAUCUGUAGAGGAGAGUGACUUAGAUCUUUAUCAUGAUAUAAAGGAAAUGCUUCAGGCCCAUGUGAUGUUUCUCAAUAAUUGCUUGAUUCUCUCUUCCCUCCUACGUGGAUGUGGCAGGCUUCUAAAGCAGCUCCUCUGAUCUCAGAUUAAGUCUGGACAGUUCACACCCUAAACUGGUCGUGGGAUUGGUUGGUGAACCUGCCCACAACAAGAAAGUCCAAAUGCUGGAAUCUGAUGGCACGUUUGGUGGCUCUGUUACUACUUAUCUUGGUCUUAUGGGAAUUCCCCUGGACACAGGCCACGAAGACCUGGCCUCCUGGCCUAGAAUUGCCACAGGGAGUGGCAGGGCAGGGGAGAAGGAGAGCUUUUGCUAUGGGUCUUAGAGUGCUAAUAUCAAAGACCAUCCCCAAGUUCAUGAGAGUCUCUUUCCCCGGCGCCAUUUGCAUCCUAUGACAGACCCGCCAUCAGGGAUCCUCAAGUGUAAGGCUGUGGCCGCGUUUUCGGUAUUAGCUUUUCAUGACGUGUCUGAAUUGUUUGGGACCAUAGACUUCAUCUUGUGUUUUUUUCCUUCCCCGAGGGCACACAGUAGGUGCUCACUUCAUGCUCGGGAACACUCAAAGCGUCACAUGUUGACUGAAAAUGGAGAAUGACAAGGGUCCCUUUGCCAUGACUUUGCAAAGCCUUCUACUUUUGCUCAACCAGGGCUCACCCAACUGCUCUCACUGGGGAUCCCAGACAAGCUCUGGGUGCCCAGCACCCUGAGCCCAAGAAACCCGAGGAGAAUCGAGGCCAUAGGUCUACCUCCACUCACCACUCACCUCCUCACUUUAUGUCCGUCACAGAAUUGUUUGCACACCUUAAAACACAAAACAUAUUAGAACCAUAGUAGAUGACGUAUACAAGUGUACAUCAUACAUCCCCAUAUGUACACAGAUGGGGAUUGCAGUUCAGAAUUUCUUUUCUGAGAAGGAUGUAUGGUCAAAAAGUUUGGAGACCCCUAGUAAAGAGCUGUAGUUUUAAAGCGUUUAAUUUUUAAUUUUUUUUUUAAAGAUUGGCACCUGGGCUAACAACUGUUGCCAAUCUUCUUC